GUAUCCAAUUCCUUCCUAUAUAUCCAUCACUAGAUUUGGUGUUAAUUUCUUGGAAGAAAAGAGGAGAAGAGAAACAAUUCCUCCAUUGACUUGUCCUGCCGUGCCAACCCAAUAUUCUUCAUGCAUGCAGGGAAUGAGGGAAGCGAUGGUGUUGGUGUUCGUAGCGAUAUGGUCGAGCUCGAAGGCCACGAGCACGUGGUGGCGGGGCGACUCGGACGAGGCGUGGGACAACUGCCUGAGCUGGAGGCUGGGCGUGGAGGCGAACAACAUACGGGCGUGGCGCACGGUCCCCCCCGAGUGCUCGGCUCACGUGGAGGCCUACAUGGUGCGCGGCCAAUACCAGCGUGAUGUCGCCCUCAUCGUCGACACGAUCUGCGCCUACAUUGACUCGAUCGACCUCUCCAGCGACGGCCUCGACGCUUGGAUCCUCGACGUCGACGACACCUGCAUUUCCAACCUCUUCUACUAUAGCGGGAAGCGCUACGGGUGUGAGCCGUUCGAUCCUGUUGGGUUCAAGACGUGGGCGUUGAGCGCCAAGUGCUCUGCGAUCCCUGAUGUGCUCAGGUUGUUCGUCAAAUUGAUCGCCAAAGGAUUCAAGGUGUUCCUCGUUACUGGUAGGGAUGAAGACACACUCGGGCAAGCCACCAUUCGCAAUCUCCACGCCCAGGGCUUCUUCGCCUACCAUCGUCUCAUUCUAAGGAGUGGUGCGUAUAAGGGGCAAAGUGCGAUCGUAUACAAGUCUACGGUGCGGAAGCAGCUAGCAGAAGAGGGGUUCAGAAUAUGGGGGAAUGUGGGAGAUCAGUGGAGUGAUCUUCAAGGGGAGUAUACAGGCAACCGCACAUUCAAGCUUCCUAAUCCCAUGUAUAAUAUCCCUUAAUUCUACAUUACAUGAAUAAAUAAUAUUGUUUGCAUUCAUCA